AUGUUAAUCAGCGCGCUGGUGGUGCAGACUGUGCGGUCCGCGCAGCAGCAGGGCGCCGCUCCCGGACACCACGACGCGCCCGCCGCAGGCGCCGCGUCGCCCGGCGCGUCGCCGUCGCCUGGGUGGCGCUCGCUCCACGGCCACCUGUCGCGGCUGGCGCGGCUCGCGCUGCUGCGGGCCGGCGGCUUCAGGGCGCAGCAGUUCUCGGCGGUGUUGUGGGGCCUCGCGCGGCUUGGCCACCGCCCGCCGCCAGAGUGGAUGGAGGCAUACCUCUCCGCAGCGGAGGCGCGCCUCGUCGCCUUCCACCCCGGCCCCCUCUCGCAGCUGAUGUGGGCGCUCGGGGCGCUCCGCUACCUGCCGCGCUUCGGGUGGCUGGGCAGCUUCCUUGCGGAGUCGGGGGACAGGCUGCACGCGUUCUCGCCGCGCGACCUGGCCAACACGCUGUGGGCGCUGGCCGUUCUGGGCGCGCGGCCGCCGCCGGACUGGCUGCGGGACGCGGCGCUGGCGAUGGAGCAGUACUUUGUGUACGACACCGUGACAGGCGGGGCCGCGGGCGGCAGCAGCGGCCGGAGCGAAAGCGUUCGGGGGAGCGACAGCUGUGAGCAGCAGCAGCAGCAGGAGCAGCAGCAGCAGCAGCAGCAGCAGCAGGAGCAGCAGCAGCAGCAGGAGCAGCAGCAGCAGGAGCAGCAGCAGUGGCAAGGCCACGAGCGGCAGCACGAGCAGCAGCAGCGGCAGCAGCAGCAGCAGCAGCAGCAGUGGCAAGGCCACGAGCGGCAGCAUCAGCAGCGCCAGAAUCACCGCCAGCAGCAGCGCCGGCAGGGGCGGCCGAUGGCAUUCCGGCCCGACGAGCUCAGCAUCUGCUGCUGGGCGCUCGCGCGGCUGGGGUACGUCCCGCCCAGCGACUGGAUCGAUGCGCUCGUCGCGUCAGCGCUGGUGCAGCUGCCUGCCAUGGGGCCCCAGGAGGCGUCCAACCUGCUGUGGGCGCUGCGCCGCUGGCGGCGCCCGCUACAGCCGCGUGACCUGGCGGCACUCGCGGACGGCGUGCUGUGCAUGCUGCGCCGCGCGCCGCCGGACGGCCACGCGCUGGCGGUGUCGAUGCAGGCGCUCGCGCGGGUGCGGCUGCGGCCGACCUCGCGCCAGGCGCGCGCCGCCCUGACGCUCGUUUACGAGCAGAGAGAGCGCCUGACGCCGCGGCAGCUCUCGCAGGCCGCGGCGGCAGUCGCGGCCAUGCUGCAGCCAGCGCGGCCGCCAGACGCGUGGAUGUGGGCCGUCGAGGCGACCAGCUACUCGCAGCUGGUGCGCCCGGCGCAACGGCAGGGCGGCGGCGGCAUCACCAGCAGCUGCGCCGAUGGCGACGGCGACGCGUACGCAAACGCGAACGCGAACGCUGCUGACGUCUCUCAGAUCCUCUGGACCAUGCGGGUGCUGAGGUGGCGACCUGGUGACCCGUGGUGGUCUGCCGCGUACGCCGCACUCACCGGCGGCCGCCUGCUGAGCACCGCCACGGGCCGGGAGCUGGCCGGCGUGCUGCACGGCGUCGUGUCGCUGGGCGCGCCGCGGCCGGGCGAGGAGGUGAUGGCGCUGUUCUGGGAGCGGCUGGCGGCGCUGCUGCCGCUGCGCGCGCCGGCCGGCUGCGGCGCAGACGAUGAUGGGCAUGUGCUGCUCGCGCUAGCCGAGGCCUUGGCCUGCGGCCUGCCCGCGCUGAGCGACUUGGACGUGCUCAGGUCGCUCUGGGCGCUCGGGCGCAUGCGGCUGCCUGCGGCGAGCGCGGAUGGCGCCGCGCUGGCCGCCUGGCUUGUGCACGCCGGCUGGCGGCGGCGGGCCGGCGUGGCGGUGCGCCCGCACGGUGUCCACGACGCCGGCCACCAUUCGUGGCACGAGGACUGGCACCACCACGACGCGGGCUGGGACAGCCACCGAAACCUGCAGCAGCAGCAGGGGCACGAGCAGCAGCACCAGCAUCAGCACCAACAGCACCAUGACCUGGCCAACCCCCACGGCGACCACGGCCACGAUGCACACCACUGGGAUCAGCCGCGCCACCACGACCCCCACUGGGACCAGCGGUCGCACCAUCAACACAACGGGCAGGCCCACGGCGCCCACCAGGACGCGCACGGCGCGCAGCACACGCCGCGUGCGCACGGCGUGCACAGCACAGACCCGUACGACCACUCGGCGGACCACAGGGACAUGGCCCACGAGCACGCCGCGGGCGGCCACGAUGACGUCAUCCUGCACGGCGGCGACCACGGGCACGCGCCGCUGCACCACGACUGGGAUAGCCAGCACAGCGGCGGCGACCACUGGGGGUCGCACGACCCCCACCACGACGGGGCCGCCGCCCACCACGAGCACGCGGGUCACCACGACGCAGGUCACCACGACCCGGGUCACCACGACGACCAGUGGCACCCCCACUAUGACGAGGCUAUCCAGAAGUGGUAUGAGGAGCAGGCCGCGCUGCCGGACCCCGUGGAGGACUCGGCACACCACGUCGACCACGCGCACGCGCCGCACCACCUGCACCACCCGGAUCACGCCGUCCCGCAGGGGCUGUACACCUUGGAGGCCACCGACAUCGACGGCCGCCCCCGCCGCCUGAGCGCGCUGGCGGGCCGCGUGACGCUCGUCGUAAACGUGGCCAGCCGCUGCGGGUCCACCGACUCAAACUACCGCGGCCUUCAGUCGGUCUGGGAGAAGUAUCACCCCCACGGCCUUGAGAUCCUGGCGUUCCCCUCGGACCAGUUUGGGCACCAGGAGCCGGGCAGCAACGCGGAGAUCAAGGCGUUCUGCAAGGGCCACUACAACACCAGCUUUGAGCUGUUCAGCAAGGUGGACGUCAACGGGCCGCACGCCCACCCUGUCUACCAAUACCUGAAGAGGGAGCUGCCAGUGGCGGAGGGCGGCGGCGGCGGCCACGGGACCGGCAAAGACCUGGUCUGGAACUUCCAAAAGAUCCUGGUCGACCAGCGCGGCCGCCCCGUCAAGCUCAUCGGCCAGGCAUGGGACCAGGCCGAGGUUGAGAACGCGAUCUAUGAUCUGCUGCUGGCCGGGGAGAAGGAGUACGAGGACUGGCUCGCCACAGAGCACGACCACCACGCGGGGGAGCACGUGCCGGACCACGACCAGGCGCACCACGCGCACCACGGCGGCGGCGGCGGCGCGCAUGAGCAGCACAAGUACCACGAGCAGCACUAUGAGCAGCAGCACGGGCAGCAGCAGCACCAUGAGGCGCACCACGAGCAGCAGCAUGGGCAGCACUGGCAGGAGCACGGGCAGCAGCACCAUACGGACCACGAUUCGCAUGAGUGGCAGCACCAUGAUCACAAUCACGACCAACAUCACCAGCAGCAGCACCAGCAGCACCACCAACAGCAGCAGUAG